AUGGCAGCAUCACGAAGGGCGAAUAUCACAAUCUCAAAAACCUCCCCAGGAGACACUCGGUCUCAAGAGAAUGCCUCGAUACAUCCGAGCUCAUCCGAAAGGCCAGAGAAACGGCAAAGCCGACAUCGCGCAUCCAUUGCCUGUGCUUCUUGUCGUGGCAAGAGAGUCAGAUGUGUAGUGCUGAAAGGAAAACUCGAGUGUAACCAAUGUAUAAAGUCGGGGUAUAAGUGUGUCAUCAGAAACGACGAUGAACGGAAACGUCCAAUCUCAAAAGUCUAUGUGGCGUCAUUGUGUGAAAGAAUUAAGAUACUCGAGAGAAUGCUGCUGGAAAACGGUCUAAUUCCGACACAAGCAGUUAAUCCUUUCAAAACACGGCAGGAGGCGACAUAUUUCUCGGACAAUUCGGCCAACCCAGUCCAAUUUGCGGUCAAACAUGAACAAGAACUUGACAGACAAUCACCUAUGAAAUUUCCAUCACCAAGCGUAUCGCUGAUCGAAGACUUGGUUUUCCUUCCCGAAAACAGCGAUAGUGUUUCAGCCAUAAUACCGACAGUGGAAGCAUCAUCAGAGGCUCAAACAGGCGACUCAACAUCACGGCCUGAUUAUGAUUUUUCCUGUUUACCUGUGUAUAGGAAGUGCCCAGAUGCGAACUCCGCUGAAGCGCUACAGGUGAUGCGACGAUCGCACAUAGCAAGCCAUCAAGCUUCGGCGCCUACGAAUUAUUACGACAGUUCCACCAGCCCUCUACCAUCCGGCAGUUUAGGCUCGCUGGGAGGACUCUCGGUGACGAAGAGUCCAGUCAUAAAGCGACGACAAGAACAAAGUAACCUUGUCCCCACAACUUUGUUUCAACCAGCUGAGUGGUGGACCAGGAGUCGCAGACAAGAUCAUUUGUUUAAGGUUCAACAUUCUGUGUUCGAGAUACCACCGUGGACGACCGGAGAUACUUUUGAUGGCUCUACGGCAUUGAACCACACCACCGUCAAUGCUGUACAAAACGCUGCUCGUACGUCCGCAGAACAAGCUGUUGAAAGCAUACGUCCCAAUUGGGACACGGCAAAUGCAGAUAUGACUAAACCUAUCAGCCUGGAACGACUCGUACAGAGCGUCAACCGGGCUACAGGAGCAGAAACGAAGAAGCCCGUAGCCUCUAGGAAGCAUGAACUAGGCUAUCUUAGCUUUUGA